AUGAGCGCGUCGGCCAACAAUCCCGUCCUAGGGCGCCGCGGCCUCCUGCUGGUGCUAUCCUCGCCCUCCGGGGCCGGCAAGACGACGAUCACCCGCCGUCUGGUCGAGCUCGAAGGCGAUGACGUCGCGAUCUCGGUCUCCCACACCACACGGCCGAAACGGCCGGAUGAGAUCGACGGCCGGGACUAUCACUUUGUCGACAAGGCCGGGUUCGCGCGUCUGCGGGAGCGCGGGGAAUUCCUCGAGAGCGCGGAAGUGUUCGGCCACCGGUACGGCUCUGCACGCGACCCGGUUGAGAGCGCGCUCGAUGCCGGCCGCGACGUCGUCUUCGAUAUCGACUGGCAGGGGAGCCAGCAGCUGGCCGAGGCGGUGCGGGACGAUCUGGUCAGCGUCUUCAUCCUGCCGCCGUCCCUGGAAGCGCUCGAGCAGCGGCUGAAUCGCCGCGCCCAGGACAGCCCCGCCGUGGUCGCGCAGCGCAUGAGCCGCGCCGGCGACGAGAUGCGCCACUACGACGAAUACGACUAUGUGGUGGUCAACACCGCACUCGAGCGGGCCGUCGAAGAGGUGCGCUCGAUCCUCCGGGCCGAGCGGUUGCGCCGGGAUCGCCUGAGGGGGCUCGACGAUUUCGUGCGGCGGCUCACGGCCGGCACGGAGCCGGCUGAGGACUGA